AUGAAUAGCACGGACUAUGCCUUCAGGCCGGAGACCGUCGUUCCAGCCGGAGCGGUGGACAAGGCCUCGGUUUCACACGAGGAAGCUAUCUACAGGGCCUCGCUCACCGAAGAGGAGAAGGUCAUUGAGCGCAAAUUGCGCGUUCGAAUUGACUCAUUGAUUAUGCCCCUGGUUGUACUGGUGUAUUUGUUGAAUUACAUUGACCGCAAUAAUUAUGCUGCCGCAAAGCUUCAAGGCCUCACAGAGGAGCUUCAUCUCACGGACACACAAUACCAAACUGGUUUAUCAAUUCUUUUCGUUGCCUAUAUCCUCAUGCAAGUCCCGAGUAACUUGCUUCUCAACUACAUGGGUCGGCCGUCUUUCUACUUGGGAUUUUUCGUUUGUGCAUGGGGUCUCGUGUCAGCUCUGACGAGCCAGGUCAAGAGUUAUGGUGGCAUUGUAGCGUGUCGCUUUCUGUUGGGACUGGUCGAGGCCCCCUUCUUCGCCGGCGUGCUCUUCUACCUAUCGAAGUGGUAUACGAAGAACGAAUUGGCAUUCCGAAUGAGCAUCUUCUACUCUGGAUCUUUGCUUAGUGGUGCUUUUGGAAACCUCAUCGCCGCUGGAAUUCUCAGCGGUCUUAAGGGAAAGCGUGGCAUGUCGGCAUGGCAAUGGCUGUAUAUCAUCGAAGGUUCCAUUACCGUCUGUGUCGGACUCGUGAUUAUCUGCAUCCUCCCCGACUUCCCGGAGACAUGGAAAUUGUUAACGCCCGAGAUGCGUCGCGUCGCUGAGCGACGCCUUGCAAUCGAAGCAGCUGAAGCGGACGUAGAUGAACAGGGCGGAAUGAGCCAGCUGAAAGGCUUGAAGUUGGCGAUGACAGAUAUCAAGACAUACGUUCUAGCUCUCGGUUACAUGUGCAUCACCGGAGCAGCUGGCUUCCAAAACUUCUUCCCAACAUUGGUCAAGACCCUCGGCUACAGUGACACCAUUUCCCUCCUCUUGGUAGCACCACCAUACAUCUUCAUGGUCUUCUACAGUCUCACCCACUCCUGGCUGUCAGACAAGAUGGAAGUCCGGUUCUGGUUCUUCGUCUACCCGAUUGUGGCCACCAUCGUCGGCUUUGUCAUUUUCAUGACUGUCGGGUCUUUUGGCCCCCGAUACUUCUCCAUGUUCUUGAUGGUUUUCGUAUUUGCCCAAAACGGCACCCUCUACUCCUGGAUUGCCAAUGCCAUCCCUCGACCUCCUGCUAAGCGUGCGGCGGCUUAUGCUUUCAUCAAUUCAAUUGGCAACUCGGCUAGUAUCUGGACACCAUACACCUACAUUGCCACCGAGGCGCCAUACUAUCGAACCGCAUUGGGUGUCUGUAUUGGUCUCCAAACUCUUGGCGGCUUGUGUGGUUUGUUUAUGUAUCUCAACCUGCGCAUGCUCAACAAGCGACAAGAACGCUUGGAGAACGAGGAUCACCAGCUUACUGACAAAGAGCUGCGUCGGCUUCAAGUCACUGCGGACUUUGAGGGAAUUGAUCUUGCUUCUGCACGACAGUUGCAGAAGGGAUUCCGGUACAUUCUAUAG